AUGGUUUAUCUCGCAGCAAAUGAUGAAACGAAACGACAAUUGCACAAUAUUCUUGGAGGAACUGCAAAUGAAGGAGAAAUUCGACAACAUUUUGCCAGAAUGUUGGCAGUUAUCGAUAGCAGAACGAAUGAAAACUACACGUUAAAUAUAGCAAAUCGUUUUUACGUACAACAGGGAUUCUUUACAAGAGAAAGCUUCGCCAGAGCACUUAGAUUUUAUUACGGUGAAACGUUGCAUAAAUUCGAUUAUGAACGAAAUAAUCAACUUGCUCAGGAAAUUAAUAACUGGGUGUCCGACAAGACUAGGAGUAAAAUAACGGAGCUAAUAACAGCAGACGAUGUCAAUAAGGACAUCGUAAUAUUACUACUGAAUGCAAUUUACUUCGGUGGAAUUUGGAAGACACAAUUUGAUGAUACAGUGACUCGUAAUGAAGCAUUUCACAUUUCGGAAUGCGAAACGAAAAAUGUAUUGAUGAUGAGAUUAAGAGCAAAAUUCCCGUAUUAUGAAGAUGAUUCUGUGCAAGUUGUCAAAUUGCCUUAUGUUGGUGAUGAAGUAGAAAUG